GCGCCAGAUAAUGUCCAGGGCAACGGAAACUUUUUUUUUCUUUUUCAUCUCUCCAAUUUUCCGCAGUCAUCGCCAUCCUUCCCUUUUUUUUUCCAUCUCCAAUGCCAAAACACGACAUAUUCUAUGGUCAAGAGUUUCACUCGGAAGCAAAUCAAAUACGAAAAGAUGCCAAGAAUAUUUACAAUAGGCUCAAGUCCAUAGAAGAAGACUCGGCAUUCGUGCAAGAACUUUCUGACCUCUUCCCAAAGUAUGCCCUCGCAGCCAACGAACGGUGCGGUGCCUGGUACAUCAGACCUACUAAUCGAUCCGUGUAUUCCGUGUACUUCAAAUCAACGGAUGGCCACACAGGCCAAUGGGAUUUCAAUCUUCGUAGAAACAAUCUUCAUUUGAUCGAUGUCAUCGCUAAGCACGAAGGAUGUAUCAUAGUUGAUUCAACACGACGUGGCAAGCGACUGCCAGAUGCGCUCUCCAAAACAAUUCCUAUUUGGUGUUGUACGAUUAAUCGGGCAAUAGAUCGAUACCGAAAAUCGGUCGAGCUAGACGAUCAAGCGAACAGUAUGACUUGGGAUACCCGUUUUCACUCACCUCCAACAGUGGUGUCAAAAUCCGAACACGCUCAAAUAGAGGAGAAAAUUGAUAUGUUUGCGCAGCGUUUGCUUGAUUCCGGUAUUGCCAUGGAACCGUUGUCUCGCGCUUUGAAGAAACCUUUGCGACCAAUGUGGUUUACGCCCCACUCCUCCUUAUUUCUUGACGACUUUCCGCAGUUUGAGGAUGCCGAAUUUUGGCCUGUUAUCUGUUUGAGUGCUUCUCAGGCUGUAGAAACGGGCUGUCAAGCACGCCAAGGCUAUCUUUAUGUCCAAGGGUCAGCCGAUGAUCAAGAGUCAUGGUGUCUCGGCCUAACUCGUCAAAUGUUCUGGAAAUACUACGACGAACUAUUGCAUGCUCAUAGUCCAGUGGAAUGCGAAGAAAAGGUCAAGCGUAUAGUGCAAGAUGAAUUAAGGUUGCAAAAUCAUGAAACUGCCACUGAGGCGGAUGACGUGGAUAUCGACUACAACUGUAUUGGCAACACAGGAAUUACGGUUGGUAAUCGUUUUUGUGGGAAACCGCCAUUUUGCUGGGAACAGUUUGAUGCGGUGAUCAACUGUGGCCCAACCGAAUACAGUGAGAAUAAGCAAGAAAAAUACCAGAACAAGUACCUAUACUUGCCGAUUCCCGAAGGCAAAAAAGGGCAGUACGCCUUUUUUGAAAGUAUUUCUCCCGCAUUAACAUUCGCUGCACCAUUUCUAAAAGAAAAAAAACAAAUCCUUAUCUACUGUAACAAAGGCCAAGACACGUCAAUAGGCAUUGCUUUAGCGAUUCUUGUGAAAUAUUAUGAUGCUGAAGAAAACUUCAAACCCGAAGGUGCAGGUUAUGUGGAUAAGAAACGGAUACAGCAGCAACUAUUGAAAAUUAUCAGCAGUCGACAUAAAGCAUCUCCUUCUAGAGCUACUCUCAAAAAAGUCAAUACAUAUUUUAUGAGCUAAUAAAAAGCUGCAUAGAACGAUCGAUUGCAUCAACAUAUUUUAUUAAAGUCUAUGAUGUAUUACGU